AUGCUCAAUUUCAUACAUAAGAAAUUAAACAUUUUGUUUGUGUUCAUUUGCUUAUCCUCUCACAGACUGGCCGAUUGUGACCUCUCACAGAGAAGCUGUGAAGCUCUUUACUCAGUUCCCAUCCUCCAGUCCUCCAGUCUGAGACACCUGGACCUGAGUAACAACAACCUGAAGGAUUCAGGAGUGAAGCUGUUGUCUGAUGGACUGAAGAGUUCACACUGUAAACUUGAAAUCCUCAGUCUGUCAGGCUGUCAGAUCACAGAGGAAGGCUGUGCCUCUCUGGCCUCAGCUCUGAGCUCCAAUCAUCCAGGAGACUCAGGAGCGAAGCUGCUGUCGGCUGGACUGAAGGAUCCUCUCAGGUCCUUCCCUGAAUUUUUCCGGGGUGGUCGAAAACGGCCAUCAACAAGUGGAUUCGGUAGCUUGGCGUCGAAGCACCCAAAAAUAUCGAAGCCUUUUGAUAUACAUUUUUUUUUACUUUCUUCGAAUGAAGAACUUGCGCCUCUUCCGUCUGAUGAACUGGCCUUCAUGCAGGCUGGACUGGGAAGGAGGACGGUUUCUCUUAACAGCGAUGUGACAUAUGUGGAGUUGUUAAGGAUAUUGCAGGCCACUUACCCCAAAAUGGUGGAGCUGCAGAACCGGUGGCUGCUUUACAAAGCAGGAGGUGGAAAUGGGAGGAGAAAAAUGUCUGCAAUCCCCUUUGAGGCUGAGGGCUCCACUGGUGCUAUGCUCCGGAAUAUUUCAGAUGGUGGGAAACGCACUCUUUACAUAGUACCUCUUCAGGAUGAGUUGGACCUCUCACCACUCCCAGCAAAUGCCCCAGAAUUUGCUUUAAUGCCAAAGGCCAGCUGCAAACACUGUUUUGUAGAGAUGCCAGUCCAAAUGCUGGUUCUACAUGACCGAAAAUGUGCUAGCCAGAUGAUCUCUGAUGAUGACAACAACAAAUUUUCUGAAUUUUUGCAAACUCCAGUGCCAGGGCAGACUGAAGAGGACCACUGCCCUCAGCAGGAAGAGGAUGUCCAGUGCCCUAUAUGUAGCAAUAUCUUCCCCGUCCUGCUUAUUGAAGAACAUGUCAGCCAUUGUGGCCAAAGAACUAAGGACACAACCUCACCUGAGAGGGAGCUCCAUACUGCGAUGGAUGAUAUCUCAUGUGAGGAGGAUGUGGUCAUGUGGCUGAUAACAAAGAUGGAUUUCAGCAAGACCUUUGAGCUGUGUGUGUCUCGACAUAAUAUGCUCGAAAGAGGUCUCAAGAUGUGGAAGCGUAAACAAAAGGCUACACCACUUAAUCCCUUAAGGAUGAAAUUCCUCGGAGAAGCGGGGAUCGAUACAGGGGCCCUUAGAAAGGAGUUUCUGACAACAAUGGUAUCUGGGAUUGAGCAACGCCUUUUUGAAGGUGGGAAGUCCAAAAUGCCCAAAUAUUCGGUGAAUGACUUUGCUGAAGAGCUCUUCAGGAUUGCGGGUGAAAUCUUUGCUACAAGCAUUGCCCAAGGUGGACCUGCACCACGUUUCCUCCAGCCGUGGUGCUACGACUUUCUAGUAUCUGGCAAGCUCUCAUUGGAUCAUGUCCUGGACCCGAGUUUAUCACCGCUAAUAACCACAGCUGCAGAGGCGUCCGACUUGACCGACUACACUGCAGACAUUCUGGAUUGUGGCUAUACUGGCAAGAUCGACAUGGAACACAAAGAGAACAUUCUAAGAGCAAUCGGCCUGCAUGUCAUGACGAAAAGAAUGCCCAUGCUUCAGCAACUCCGUGAGGGCUUGGACAUCUACGACUUCUCCCAAGUGAUGCAGGCAAAGACGGAAGAGUGCCGCAGUCUGUUCGUCGCUGGAGACGACGAGUCGGUGGACUCUCAUUAUAUCACUUCCCAUCUGGCGCCAGAGAUGAGCGAAAGGGGCUGCAACAAGCACCGCAAGGAGAUCCAGAUCCUUGAACACUUUCAAGACUUCCUGUACGAGCUGGAAGUUGCUGAACCAGAUGCCAUGUCUGAAGACACCCCAACUGUACCCUCAGUGAUGCAGUGGAUUACGGGUCAAGCCCACAGACAUCUUCUUCUUUCUGAUCGCCAGAACUUCAAGAUCACAGUGAAGUUUGACCAUGACUGUCACAACAUGCCUAACCACACAAUCUGUUACCCAACAGUCAGUGCUUGCACGGACACCAUAACAUUCCCCGUUGCACACAUGUCAGACUAUGAGUCGUUCAAAAACGUCAUGACAACAGCCAUUAAAUAUGAAGGAUUUGAUAGAGAGUGAUGCAUUGUGAUUCAUGUGUGUAAGCCCACACGUUAUAUCCUCGAAUAUAAAUACCAUGAUAGUUCAUUCUAUUGUGUGAGUGAGGUUCGAGUAAUGUAGUGGACUUGAAGUUAUGCCAACACAUUUUCUAAUUGACUAUAAACCACAGUGUUGUACACUUGUUUGCCUUUGUCUGUGUCUGUUAAACCAUACAUAAUGGCAUGAGUAAUGUGAAAUAAACCUUUAAUUUCCACAUUAA